AUGCUCGAGGGCAUGCUCAAACAGAAAGGGAUAGCACCUCCACCAGCAGUACACCCGCCGAAGACCAGACAAGAGGCGCCUAGCACGCAGGACGGAUCGGCCAAGGACGAUGAGGAGGAUGCGCUCUGCCAGAAGCCGGAUGCGAGAAUCCCAUCUCCCGCCCGAGAAGUUCCAUCGCCACCAGACUCGAUGAACGAGGACUUCAACUUUCUCGACAGCGACAACACAGACCAAGCAGACAGUAUAUUACUAGCUUCGACGGAACACCACCUAAUGAGCUUCCAUUUCCCUCCUCAGGAACCUCUAGCGCUCCGAACGCUUGACCCCAAACAAGAGGACGUGAUACAUCGCCUCCUGUCCACGAAAGGAAACCUAAGUUUUGACCAGCUAUCUGGCCGCCUCCGAUUCUUCGGUCCGACCGCCAACAGUCAUGUAUAUGCAGAAUCUUCGGACAAAUUUGAUUCUAGAGAGCCUCCAGAGCAAGUUCGUCGGGCGGACCGCAUCAUCAGAUCUCUCACGACAACGACAUAUGACUACUUGAUGAACAUGUUUUGGGAACACUAUAAUGGAGUCUUGGUAGUCAUUGACCGACAGGCAUUUGAAAGCGACAGGGAAUCCCAGAGCCCCAAAUUCUACUCGUCGUUCUUGCACAUCACCAUGCUAGCGGCCGGUUAUCGGUUCGCAGAUAAGGAUAGGGACGACAUUAUCAAGAUCGGCCUGGGGAACCGCGAAAGCACACUGCACAGAGAAGCAAAAUAUAUGCUAGACAUCGAAUUGGAACGGCCCGGUGGGAUCCCAAGCGUGCAGGCAUUGCUUCUCUUGGGCGACCUUGAAUGUGGUGUAGGACGAGAUAAUACUGGGUGGAUGUAUUCUGGUAUGGCAAACCGCCUUGCAUUCGACAUCGGCUUGCAUCUUGAUUGUAGCGAUAAUGGGCUCCCAGAACGAGAGGUGUCGAUCCGCCACAUGACUAUGAGAGCAUGCGUUAUAUAUGACAAAUAUUGGGCUCUGUUCUUGGGGAGGCCAACUAGUAUCAAGAAUCAGGAUAUCGGAAUGGACUUGCUCUCGAGGCAAUUCUCCACAAUGCUGACCACUGUGCCUGGCAGUUCUAAGCCACCCCGACCAGUCGAGCCCCCGAGGUCUCGAACACAAGAGAUCUAUGACCAGCUGGUUGAGCUGAUGGAACUGGCUGGGCGUAUUGUGGAGAUUCGAGAGAGCAACAAACCUGGUAGCAACAGAGAACCCAACCUGUUCGCAGCCGCCGAGGCGGAAGAUAAUGCUUACCUCCACGUCAUUAAUCUAGACCGCCAACUUCAGAAUUGGUAUCGACGACUUCCCGAUCAUCUGACAUGGAAACCGGCCAACAUCAAAACGGCACCGUUUAGCUUCUUCCUUCUCCACCAGCAGUAUCACGUAUCGAUGAUACUGCUACAUAGACCCUGGGCGAAGUAUCGGUCGCUGACGGAUGAGGCGAGUACGAACUCUCACCCAAGCCCCGAGAAAUCCAAUCCGUCACCCGAGCCUGUACUCUCGCAGAACUCGCUCGGUCUUGGAGACCCAACAUCGAUCGUAGUUGACAGUCGUACAACUCUCUCUCGCAGCAUCUGUACGCAACAGGCUAUGAGAGUUGCUCGAAUUUUCUGGCAGCAUCGGCAACGCUUUGAUGGCAAGAAGGUAUUUGUCACUGGAAUCCAACAUGCCGGCACUGCAGCAAUCGCUCUCAUAGCUGCCUUGUCGCACCAUCAAAACGAGUCUGACAGACGCCACCACCUUGGCUACCUAGAGGCUAUUUCGCAUGCUAUCCACGACAUGAGUGAGGCCUACCACCCAGCAGAGCGGAUGGACGCCUUACUGAACGCUGUGAUCAUCCAACUGAAGCAAGACCUGUCAGAUCCUUAUCGAACCAGGACUAACUCCUGUGCUCAGCCAGCAGGCAGCGGCUUGCCAUCGGAGUGCGGUGGUACUUCGUCAUGGCAGAGUGGGAAUAUUUCGGUUACACCUGCACGUCGUGAGAAUACAGACGCAGAUCACGGGCAUGCCCACAAAAAGCGAUCACGGCCUCCUGCCAGCCGGCGAGCAUCAGAGUUUGCCAGGCCGCCAGCUCCGUUCUCGGCGUCGUUAUCUCAACAUACGCCUCCAGCAUCAGGCCAGAGACAAGACUCAAUGGCAUUCGAAAUACAUAACUCGAUGGCGGAAAUAUACUCUGGCUACGGAAAUACAUCUGCCACGUUCAACCUAGAUUCCCUACAUGGUUCUGCUAUUGACGGGGAGCCAGCUGGCGAAGCUCAGAGCAGUGGCAUCGACCGACCAUCAGAGGACUACAUCGUGGUCAACACUGCAACAGAUAGUAGUUGGAAUAUGCAAGGGAUAAGUCAAGAUCAUACCUUCUCAAAUCAGGACACAGGUUUCCAGAUAUCUGACUGGGUUUCUGGACCUGCUGGUCUCAGCGCAACAACGGUCCUCCACGGUUCAGCCCAGGGCACAUCGUCGGGUGAAGAUCAUGGCAGAAGCCCGAAGACUGGAGAUAAUUAUGACAGAGAUGCGAACAUGGACUGGAUAGGGGGUGAUUCACAUAGCCCUAUCAGUCUGGAGGGAUUGGUUCAGAGUGUAGAAAGGGCUGCUGGUGCUGAAGUGGACAAGUCUGCAGCUCCUAGGAACCACGAGUUGGACUUCUUCAGCUUCUAA